AUGAAUCGUUUACAUAUCUUGAUUUUUAUUCUUUUUACCUUUCUUUUCGCUACCGCUUUUUCAAAAGAGGAUUUAGUACCUGUCCAAGAGAUUAAUCCUAAACCUCUUAUAAUCAAAAAAGUUGGACACAAUAAAUUGAUUGCAGAAGUUACAUGGGAUGGAACACUUGAAAGAGAUGAUGAACCGGUUAAAACCAAAUUUAGAUGUUUUUCUGAUGCUGUGACUGUUAAGCAUGCUUUAUUCGGUGACCCGGUCCUACGUGCAAAAAGACCAGCGCGGGAUCAGUCUUUAUUAGGACCGUGGAUUCAAGACUGCGGUCCAGUCUUACAAAGACUGGAACCGGCUUGGACCGGACCGAGACGGACUGAGUAG